AUGAAACGGCGCUUGGAGGAACAGGAACCGGUAUUUGCGUCCCAACAGCGGCGCCUCCCCGGCAGCACGGAGGCUCUCCAGCACCGCGUCCUGGCCCCGGCGCCGGCCGCGUAUGAGGCCGUGGCCGACAGCAUGCAGCCCACUGCAGGCAGCAUCCAGUAUUCUGUCCCACAGGGCUACCAGGUACACAGUGCUACACACACAACCAAGGUUUACAGUUUCAUUCAUUUUGAACUGCUAUUUUUAAUCAUAAAUGAGCGGUAACCUCCCUAAUAGUGAUAUUCUGUGGCUGUGUACACUUUGGAAUUAUUUAACAAUUGAUAAUUCAAUUCAAGAACGUCAUUUAUCAAACAAUCAGUAAUUCCCCCCCCCCCCCCCCAAAAAAAAGAAAUGCCUUUAUAUGCAUGUAUACACCCUAAUGAUCCAGUCCUAAGUUACUUCUGUUGGCCCCCCUACAGGCCCCCACUGUGCCACAGAACUCAAGUGGCCAUGGGCACGCCCCUAGCCCAGCUGUACACCACCACAGCCCAGUGGUCCAGCCCCACGGGCCCCCUGUGAUGCAGGGCCACGCUCACCCCCCUGCGUCAGCCCAGGGCCAGCAGCAGUUCCAGAGGCUCAAGGUGAGACCUCCUGCCCCCCCACCCCACACCCCCCGUUUGGUGUUUUCCAGGCCAACCUAAUGAGAGCAAUUUAUAUAUUUAUCUGAGAUAUAAUCAAAUAAGACCCAGAUGAACAGUGCUCAGACUCAAAGAGUCAUGGAUGUCUUUCUCUCAGGUGGAAGAUGCUUUGUCCUACCUGGACCAAGUGAAACUGCAGUUUGGCAACCAGCCUCAAGUCUACAAUGAUUUCCUGGACAUCAUGAAGGAGUUCAAGUCUCAAAGGUGAGGUCAUUCACUAUUGACAUUUUCAAGGUUUCGCCUCUCUUACUCUAGCAUGACAAAAGUUAACUGCCUUUCAAGCAAAUAUGUUUCUCUGUUUCGUCACAGCAUUGACACUCCAGGGGUGAUAAGCAGGGUAUCCCAGCUCUUCAAAGGCCACCCCGACCUCAUUAUGGGCUUCAACACCUUCCUGCCACCGGGCUACAAGAUCGAGGUCGCGACCAACGACCUGGUCAAUGUGACCACGCCGGGUCAGAUCCACCACAUCACCCCUCACGGCAUCUCUGUCUCGCAAAUCCCCCUGACGGGACCACCCACCCCGCUCCAGCCCCAGGUGCCAGCCCCCACCACCACCUCUGCCCCGCCCCCUCCCACACAGCCAACCCCUGCCAAGAUGAGCAAGGUGAGUGGGUGAAUAUAUAAAUAUUACACAUUAUUUGCCUAUAUUUUGUUUACCACUAUGUUCUCUCAGUCCAAAAUGUUAAAUAUGUUAGUUCUUUCCCCCCAACAUGAUUUUUAUAUAUGUGUUCGUUUUAAUGUAUUUGUCUAGCAGCCACUGCAAUCUCCGGCCCUCACGCCAAGCAGCCAGCCCAAUCCGUCCAUCCCCGCCUAUGCCCCCCCCCGAUCCCCGACCCUGCAGCCCCACACCCCGAUCACUGGCACGCCCAACGCCCCUCCGCUGCAGAAUAACCAGCCUGUGGAGUUCAAUCACGCCAUCAACUACGUCAACAAAAUCAAGAACCGUUUCCAGGGCCAGCCCGACAUCUACAAAGCCUUCCUGGAGAUCCUGCACACCUACCAGGUCAGCAGCCAAACCAAAUUUUCCUCUUAGAUCACAUAUCACUUAAUAUUCCAACUGGAGCACUCAUAAUAUAAAUGUUUGUCUUUGUCAACUCUAGAAGGAGCAGCGGAAUGCUAAGGAGGCAGGAGGGAACUACACCCCAGCCCUGACAGAGCAGGAGGUCUAUGCCCAGGUGGCCCGGCUCUUCAAGAACCAGGAGGACCUUCUCUCGGAGUUUGGCCAGUUCCUACCAGAUGCCAACAGCUCGGUGGUGAGUAGAGCACAAAGCAUUUAUCUGUGCCCUGAGAAUCUACACUGAGUAUGCAAAACAUUAACAACACCUGCUCUUUCCAUGACAGCCUGACCAGGUGAAAGCUAUGAUCACUUAUUGAUGUCACUUGUUAAAUCCACUUCAGUCAGUGUAGGUGAAGGGGAGGAGACAGGUUAAAGAAGGAUUUUUAGCCUUGAGACGAUUGAGACAUGGAUUGUGUAUGUGUGCCAUUCAGAGUGUGAAUAGGCAAGACAAAAUAUUUAAGUGCCUUUGAACGGUGUAUGGUAGUAGGUGCCAGGCGCACCGGUUUGUGUCAAGAACUGCAACGCUGUUGGGUUUUUCACUCGCAACAGUUUCCCGUGUGUAUCAAGAAUGGUCCACCACCCAAAGGACAUCCAGCCAACUUGACACAACUGUGGGAAGCAUUGGAGUCAACAUGGGCCAGCAUCCCUGUGGAAUGCUUUCGACACCUUGUGGAGUCCAUGCCCCAACGAAUUGAGGCUGUUCUGAGGGCAAAAGGGGGGUGUUCAACUCAAUAUUAGGAAGGUGUUCCCAUUGUUUGGUAUACUCAGUGUAUGUCUUAUAAAGUGUGUUCAAGGUAUUAAUUUAUAUUUGUCCCCAAAAGUCCAUAUCAGACAUAAUAUUCAGGGGUUGACGUAACUUUUCGAUAGCAGGUGUUCAAAUGAGUAGCUGAGGUAAUAUUGUGGUGCAACUACCGCUGAGCUAUCUGACCAUGUUGUGUCCCUUGUCCUCCCUAGCUGUUAAGCAAGACGACAGCAGAGAAGGCGGAGUCUGUGCGGAAUGACCACGGUGGCACAGCGAAGAAGCCGCAGCUCAACAACAAACAGAGGCCCAAUCAGAACGGCUGCCAGAUCCGCAUGCACUCUGGUACAGGUGCCACACCCCCUGUCAAGGUACACGCCCCUUUUCUAUCAGCACACUGUAGAUACGAAAAUGCAUUACCCUCUGGCUGCUUUCCAGGCUGCUCUACUAAUUCACAGCUUGUGUUGAAUUAUUUAUCAAUAUAAACUGAUAUCAUGAUAUUUUCUACAUCACUGUUGAGAACUCACUCUCUUUUGUCCCCGUCUUUGCCAUCUUGCAGAAGAAGCCCAAGUUACUGAAUUUGAAAGACUCGUCCCUGGCAGAGGCCAGCAAACAUGGAGUUGGCACAGAAUCUCUGUUCUUUGAGAAGGUGAAUUUGAGCUUGGCUUUCUACCCCAUUUAGUUUCAUUAGCUACGGAAUUAAAUAACCUGAAAGGUAAAUGUUUUUAACUAAUUGAAUUAAAUAUGAACGAGUAAAAGUUGCUUAUAAUUUCCUGCUGUAAUGAACUAAAUACCCCCAUAAAGCUUUAGAAGGUGCAGUAUGAUAUAGUAAUCUUCGGGGGGGGGGGGAAUUAGGCGCUUGCAUUUUGCCCUUUUUAAAAUUAUUUUUGAAUCUGUCUUUACUUGACGUCUCAUCCAGGUUUUUUCUUUUUUUUCUUUUUGCAGGUGCGGAAGGUCUUGCUAAGUGCAGAGGCCUAUGACAACUUCCUGCGUUGUUUGGUCAUCUUCAACCAGGAGGUCAUCUCCAGGGCCGAGCUGGUGCAACUGGUGCUGCCCUUCCUGGGGUGAGUACCAAGGUUGGGAAACUGCCUCACUCAGUCAGUGACCGACUAAGUCUAGAUUAAUCCACUCCUCAUUGGUCGGGGCUUGAUUCACAUCAUUGACAUGUUCGACUGGUUAUGCAUUCAUUUAAUCCAUUCAGUAAAGCUUUGUUAAGUGGGGCUAAAGCAAAACAAAUUAUAGUCUGAACAAAAUGGCCACUCUCGUUGACAGGAAAUUCCCAGAACUGUUCAAUUGGUUCAAGAACUUCCUAGGAUACCGGGAAAUGUCCCACACUGAGCGCUAUCCCAAGGAGCGUGCCAUGGAGGGCAUCGCCAUGGAGAUCGACUAUGCUUCCUGUAAGAGGCUAGGCUCGAGCUAUAGAGCACUGCCGAAGAGCUACAUGCAGCCCAAGUGCACCGGGAGAACGCCACUGUGCAAAGAGGUGAGUGCAACACUGCCCCUCGAAGUCAAUCUUAAGAACUACAGCCAUUCAACAGGCCCUCAAGGGAACCUUUUUCACCAGCCGUUAACCACACCUACCUAGCAGCUGUUCACACAAAUAAUUAAUCUCCAGUUACUCUCCUCACUGUGUGUACUGUUUUCUGAAUGUAGUGGAUGUCGGAACCAUGUUGCUAUAGGUUUACUCGGUGAAAUCAGAGCAAUAUUGGAGCUGCAUUAUUACCGGUGUGUUGCCUCACAGCUACGCAUCACACAGUCUUCUUUUACACCUUUUUUAUAUGUGUAGAUGUGUAACGUAUGUACACAAGAUGUUUAGUGUGUCCUUGCUUCAUCCAGGUCCUCAAUGACACCUGGGUGUCCUUCCCUUCCUGGUCUGAAGACUCCACCUUUGUGAGCUCCAAAAAGACCCAGUAUGAGGAGCACAUCUACAGAUGUGAGGAUGAACGCUUCGAGGUGAGUUAGCCCAUGACCGACCGCGCAAACUGUAAAUGUCCUCUCACCAAAUUAAUAAAAAAAACGAUGUUUCGAUCUGUUUCUUGGACAAAUACAUCAAUCUAUGCCAGGGAUGGACAACUUUGAUGGGGGUGGGGGCCACAAAAAAACGGAACUCGUAUCAUGAGGCCCCCCACCCCCCUGCGAGCAAAACCAUUUUAUCAGCCCCCCUCGUGACAUCGAAGAUACAUUUCAUGCUUUUAACGUUAAUUUCCUGCAAUUCUAUACAUUUAGCCAAUGUUGCCGUUUUGGAGCAAGUUUGCUGCAAUUCUACACAGUUUGCCAUAGGGUGGAGGUACAUUUUUGCAGAUUUGAAUAUAACUAAUGAUGAAUGGGCCCCACCCCGGUCGGUAAUUCGACCAUGUUUACUACAAGUUUAGAUAGCUGGCCGCUAGACUAACUUACCAAUCUAAAACAUAUUUGCUGACAAUUGAGUGUCUGCUGAUGCACAACCAAAUUGUGAAAUUGCACCUUGUGUAUUCUAUUCUAACUCUCAACAGUAGAAUUAAGACCACGACUAAUUGGCGGGCCGCCAGUUGCCCAUCCCUGAUCUAUGCUAUUGUGUUCCCUUGCCCAUGUUGUGCUUGUCAUCUAACGCUCCCUUGUGUAUUUACCUCCAGCUGGACGUGGUGCUGGAGACCAACCUGGCCACCAUCCGCAUGCUGGAGACCGUACAAAGGAAACUGUCCCGUAUGUCUGCCGAGGAGCAGGCCAAGUUCCGCCUGGACAACACGCUGGGAGACUCCCCGGAGGUCAUCCACCGCAAGGCCAUCCAGAGGAUAUACGGUGACAAGGCCCCUGACAUCAUCGAUGGGCUCAAGAAGAACCCUGCCGUGUCUGUUCCCAUUGUGCUAAAGAGGUGAGUGUCAAGCCAAAACUCAAACUGUACCAGGAAAGCAGUAUUGUGUAUUCUGCAUGUAAUUUGGAUGAACUAUCCCUAGUUUCUCUAAACUGUUGGUUCAAUGUUUAUGUAUUAGUGUACAGGGCUUUUGUGGGGGUCUAUAUCUUUCAUGCAUGCGCAUACUCUGCCUGUUCUUACAUCAAAGUUGAAAACUAUUCAUAUUUUCCCUUAGUCACACUUUGAGGUUUUCUCCUGCAAGACAUCCUCAUUCCCCUGUGUUGUCCUCAGGUUAAAGACCAAGGAGGAGGAGUGGAGGGAAGCCCAGAGGGGCUUCAACAAGAUCUGGAGGGAGCAAAAUGAGAAGUAUUACCUGAAGUCUCUCGACCACCAAGGUAUCAACUUCAAACAGAACGACACCAAGGUGCUACGAUCCAAGACACUGCUCAAUGAGAUUGAGAGCAUAUACGACGAGGUAGAGUUUUCUAGAAUUCCAAUAUGUUAAAAUUGAUAUAAUCCUACAUCCUGGGAAUUUUAUGUUGCUGGUCAUGCAAUAGCACGUAGGUGGAAAAGUGUGUGCUUUUGUGUUGUGGUGUAGCGACAGGAGCAGGCGUCGGAAGAGAACACCGCACUGCCCAGCGGCCCCCACCUGACUUUGACCUACGAGGACAGCCAGAUCCUGGAGGACGCUGCCGCCCUCAUCAUCCACCACGUCAAGCGGCAGACGGGCAUCCAGAAGGAGGACAAGUACAAGAUCAAACAAAUUAUUCACCACUUGAUCCCCGACAUGCUGUUCACCCAGCGCGGCGAGCUCUCGGACGUGGAAGAAGAAGAAGAGGAGGUAGAGGAGAUGGAGCUGGAUGAGGCCGUGGCCAAGAAGCUCAAUUGCGUCGCGCAAGGCGGUAGCCCUAACAAGUCCUCCAAGCUCCUCUUCUGCAACACUGGUGCCCAGAAGCUGCGAAGUUGCGCCGAGGCCUACAAUCUAUUUUACGUCAACAAUAACUGGUACAUCUUCCUGCGGCUUCACCAGACACUGUGCUCGCGGCUGAUGCGAAUCUACGGGCAGGCGGAGAGGCAGAUUGAGGAGGACAUCCGGGAGCGUGACCGGGAGGGAGAGGGGCUGGGCCUCAAGCGAGACAAGAACGAAAACCCUGCCAUCCAGCUGAGACUGAAAGAGCCCAGUGAGUUCAUAGCACAAACCUGUUCUUUCCACACAGCAAUAGCCUUUUCACACUCAAUCACUCAUUGAUUUUCAUCACUUUCAUUGGUAAGUCUCAUAGACACACGGGGGCUACUGUGAAUCUGUGAAGCAUUGAGCAAGCUAGAGCUUGGCUAAUCAUAGCCCUUGGCCAAACAUUCAAGUAUGUGCAGUAAUCUGCAAAUGUAGUCAAAUGUAUACUACUUUGCACAGUAAAUAAGUUUCUAUUCAGAGUGUGUAUUAAAAGAUGUGUUUAAGUGUAGAGGUCUGCGCGGCACUGAUUUCUUCCUCCCGCCAGUGGACUCCCACCUGUUACCGCAAGAACUGGUCCUAAACCCAACCGCAGUCCCGCAAUGUUAUUUUAGGUGUAUGUGACAUAGCUCACUUGCCAGCCAUGGUCCCAGCAAUUUUGUGGCCUAUAGGCAUUAUCAAAAUGCGCAAAGAUAAUCUUAAGAAAUAGCCUAGGUGAAAUUACAAGAGAUUUUCACGUGGCCAAUUAUAUUAAGCUAUCGGUAUUACUGGGUUAUAUCAGCCAAUAUGCUAGAUGUAGUUUGACGAGAGCCGAGUUGGAGAGGCUUGCACUUUCUCUUGAGCUAUUUUUAUAGCCUACCUCCUUAGGAGUGAUACGAAUUUCAGACGGAGACAAAUAUGGUUGAUCAAUAUUUAUUCCUUGGCAAUGUAGUAAACUAUAGCCUUAAUCAUAUUUAGGAAGUACAAUUCCUUGGAAAGAUACACCACGUGGCCAAAAGUAUGUGGACACCUGCUCGUCGAACAUCUCAUUCCAAAAUCAUGGGCAUUAAUAUGGAGUUGGUCCCCCCUUUGCUGCUCUUCUGGGAAGGCUUUCCACUAGAUGUUGGAACAUUGCUGCGGGACUUGCUUCCAUUCAGCCACAAGCAUUAGUGAGGUUGGGCACUGAUGUUGGGCAAUUAGGCCUGGUUCGCAGUCGGCGUUCCAAUUCUUCAUCCCAAAGGUGUUCAUUGGGGUUGAGGUCAGGGCUCUGUGCAGGCCAGUCAAGUUCUUCCACACUGAUCUCGACAAACCAUUUCUGUAUGGACCUUUGUGCACUGGGGCAUUAUCAUGCUGAAACAGGAAAGAGCCUUCCCCAAACUGUUGCCACAAAGUUGGAAGCGCAGAAUCGUCUAGAAUGUCAUUGUAUGCUGUAGCGUUAAGAUUUCCCUUCACUGGAACUAAGGGGCCUAGUCAGAACCUUGAACAACAGCCCAGACCAUUAUUCCUCCUCUGCCAAACUUCACAGUUGGCACUGCAUUCGGGCAGGUAGCGUUCUCCUGGCAUCCGCCAAACCCAGAUUCGUCCAUCGGACUCCAGUGAAUGCGUUUCCACUGCUCCAGAGUCCAAUGGCAGCGAGCUUUACGCCACUCCAGCCAACGCUUGCCAUUCGCAUGGUGAUCUUAGGCUUGUGUGCGGCUGCUCGGCCAUGGAAACCCAUUUCUUGAAGCUCCCGAAGAACAGUUAUUGUGCUGAAGUUGCUUCCAGAGGCAGUUUGGAACUCAGUGAGUGUUGCAACCGAGGACAAAUGAUCUUUACGUGCUUCAGCACUCGGCGGUCCCGUACUGUGAUCUUGUGUGGCCUACCACUUCACGGCUGAGCCGUUGUUGCUCCUAGACAUUCCCACUUCACAAUAACAGCACUUACAGUUGACCAGAGCAGCUCUAGCAGGGCAGAAAUUUGACGAACUGACUUGUUGGAAAGGUGGCAUCCUAUGAUGGUGCCACGUUGAAAGUCACUGAUCUCUUCAGUAAGGCCAUUCUACUGCCUAUGUGUGUCUAUGGCGAUUGCAUGGCUGUGUGCUCGAUUUUAUACACCUGUCAGAAACGGGUGUGGCUGAAAUGGACAAAUCAAAUAAUUUGAAGGGGGGUCCACAUACUUUUGACCAUGUAGUGUAACUGCCAGUGGUUCUCGGCCCAUGCAUAGGCAGCCUACCCUAUUUCAAUGAAAUCACACAUAUACUAGGCGCACUUCAUCUCACAUGCCCAACUAGAAGAGGAGAGGUAGGCUACUGAACUUGAAGCAGCGAAUUCUGAGUGUGUGAGUCAUGCGACAUGCUUUUAAUACAAUGGGUAGGCCUAGGCUAAAGCAUUCAAAGCGGAAAGAUUAUCGUUUCCAACUCUGCAGGACAACACAAAUAUUUGUCUGUCUGACCGCCCACUCCCACCCGCAGCAUGAAAAAUGCUGACCGCGCCGCAGGUCCUGCGGGCAUCCCGCGGGAAUGCAGUCCUCUAUUUAAAUGUAAUCUGUACAUUGGUUGAACCCAAAUGCAUAAUGCCAUGGUCAGUCUCUGACAGUCUGGUUUUUCCCUACCUGCAGUGGAUAUCGAGGUGGAGGACUACUACUCUUCCUUCCUGGAGAUGGUGCGGAACCUUCUGGAUGGCAACAUGGAGUCGGCUCAGUACGAGGACUCACUCCGGGAGAUGUUCACCAUCCAUGCCUACACCGCAUUCACCAUGGACAAACUCAUCCAGAGCAUCGUCAGGCAGGUCAGUAGCCCCUCGUUACUGCUACUCUUUUACACUAGAUUUGAGCUAGUUCCUGGUAUCAUAGCUACCUUUUUGAUCCUCCAGGUUGAUGAGCCAAUCCUAAACCUGUUUUCAGUUUUUGUUAAAGCAUUUUUUUUUACAGGUUGGUUCUGCUGGUCUAGACCUCGUGCACUUUUCUCCACUCAGCUCUUCCUCUUUUUCUGUGUCUGCAGCUCCAGCACAUAGUGAGUGACGAGAUCUGCGUGCAGGUGACAGACCUGUACCUAGCAGAGAGCACCAACGGGGCCACCGGAGGUCCCCUUCCCACCCAGACAUCCAGAGCUUCCACAGAGGGAUGCUACCAGCGCAAGGCGGAGCAGAUCAUGUCUGACGAGAAUUGCUUCAAGGUAGAUCCACCACUGUCAGAAAUUGGGUUUUCUUCUGUGAUGUCGGUUUCUGACUAUCGCACGCAUAUACCCUAAUGUCAUCUUUCUCUCGCCUCUCCUGCCUUUCUUCCUUCGCUCUCGCCACAGCUUAUGUUUCUGAAGAACCGAGGCCAUGUUCAGCUGACGGUGGAGCUUCUGGACACCGAGGAGGAGAACUCUGAUGAACCCAUGGAGGCAGAGGUAAUAGACAGCGCAGUACAAAUAUAUGCUUUGAUUUUCUCCUGUGUGAACCCAGGCACCUCUCAGCUUUCUGCCACUUAAUUGGCGCACCUGGAUUUUUUGUUAUACUGUAUUUGACCAAUGGGGAAGAUUGACAACAACAUGCAAUCAAAAGAAUCUGUGAACCCAUGUAGUUGAAAGUUGUUUUUAGUGUUGUGGUAAAUGGUAGAUGUGUGUUAUCACUGCUAACCUUUUUAUUUUGGCAGCUGGUCUGCGUAUUGAGUGGAUUUGUUUUGUAUUUUCUAGCGCUGGUCAGAUUACGUGGGUCGCUACCUGAAUUCUGACUCUACCUCUCCAGAGUUGCGGGAACACCUUGCUCAGAAACCCGUCUUCCUUCCCAGGUUAGUGUCAAACCCUAUUUUUUUUAUUCUCUUACAGUUGCCUUUCAAGAGAGAAAUGGUGCAAAAUGCCCCAAAGGAGCGAGCCUUAGCUUUGACUAGCCUAACCUGGAACCUUUUCUAAUCAGGAACCUUCGUCGGAUACGGAAGUUCCAAAGGGGUAGGGAGCAGCUAGAGAAGGAGGCCAGCGAGGGAGAGAAAAAGUCCAUGGAGAGCGCUGAAAACCUUCAAAUGGAAUGUAUGUUCAAGCUCAACUCCUACAAGAUGGUGUAUGUCUUCAAGUCUGAGGACUACAUGUACCGACGCACUGCCUUGCUGCGUGCUCACCAGGUAUUCACCUCUCCUCCCAUUUACUCAUAUUCCUCUCCCACUACCCUCUUAGAGUAGUGGAGCUGUACAUAUUACCCUUUGUGGCCUUUUAAUAGACACAAUCCUAUUUGUGACUUGUUAUUCAAGUCGGUUAAACUAGUAACCAUCCUGUGAAUCAGUGGUUCCCAAACUUUUUAUACUAUUACAACUUUCAAGAGUACGCUGAAUGCCAGACUGAGUUCCUUUUUGGGGUGGGACGCCUGCGCCCCCCCCGCCGAUCCCUCGUGCGCCUUACUGUUUGGGAACCACUGCUCUAAAUGACCACCAAUUGUGUGAGAGAUACCUUAGAAACCUAUAUUUUCUGUGUUGAGUUCUGUUUUUUUUUUAACACAGCAGUAUCAUGACCACGGUGUCCCCCUCUCCUUUUCACCUGUAGUCACACGAGAGAGUGAGCACUCGGCUGCACAAACGCUUCCAGGCCUGGGUCGACUCCUGGGUGAAGGAGCACGUCACUCGCGACAUGGCCGCUGAGACCAACAAGUGGCUGAUGGGAGAGGGGCGUGACGGCCUGGUGCCAUGCACCACCACCCGCGAGCCAGAGAUCCUCCACUUCAUGAACAUCAACAAGUACCGUGUCAAAUACGGCUCACCCUUCAAUGCACCAUAA